UCUCUGUGGAGAGGUUACAUGGACUGAGCAGGAUUUUACAGAAAGAAAGAAAGAAAGAAAGAAAGAAAGAAAGAAAGAAAGAAAGAAAGAAAAAAAGAAAAAAGAAAGAAAGAGGGAUGCACAUCUUUCCAGGAUUUUUCUGAAGACACUCAUACCAGUUUUAAGGAAGAACUCUUACUGUUUCCGCACCUCUUAAUAACAUGAUGGACGUGGAGUCAGCUGACCUCUGAUGAGGAGAAACUGCGCUGAUUUUAACAAUUUAAAGGGAUUUUAAGUGAUGAACACUAACUUGAAGUACAACUUUUCCUUUCACUAAGAUUAAUUCAUGAUAACACAGAUUCUGUUUGAAGUAAAUUUCCGCAUUUUUAAUAGAAUUUCUUCUAGUUAGAUGCUCUAAAGGGUCACUUUCUCUACUUCUUUAAGGAAUAUUUAAAAUUUUAUAUUGCCUGAAAAAUUCUAACCUCUUUUCUAAGUUAACUUCAUUUUAAUUAAUUGGUCAAUGACCAAUCCACCAUUUUUCUUUCAAUUUAAACUACUUUAACACAACUAAUUGAUGCUGUUAUUCAUGUUGAAAGGCUGUGAAAAGAUGCCAGCUGUUCACAGGAACUGAACUACUUGUCGUCUGUCUUUUGUUUUUUUUUUUUUUUUUUUUUUUUUGCGUUUUAUUUAAUCUUUUUCUAGACUACUUUUCCUGCUUCUAAGCAGCUAUUUUAGUUUUAAGACACAGGUGGUAGAGAGGAAAAGAAAAGAAGACAGAUGGCACAGAAAGAAAGAGGAACAGAUCAGGGUCGAGCUAAAACGGAGGACGCUUUAGGGGCUAAGACCAUGGUUGGGGGUACUACAGCAGGUGGAGGAGUGGUGGUGGAGGUCCGGGAGAAGAAGGGACCUCUGCGGGCUGCAAUACCCACGAUGCCAUUCCCUAUGGCUGUCAUCUGUCUUUUCCUGAACACCUUCAUACCUGGACUCGGUACUUUCAUCUCAGCAUUCACAGUGUUGUGUGGUGCUCGCUGCGAGCUCAUUUCACAGCGAGGCGUUUGCUGUGUGUUCUGGCUCAAUGUGGCAGCAGCCUUUAUUCAGAUACUGACUGCUGUUAUCAUGGUGGGAUGGAUCAUGAGCAUCUUCUGGGGAAUGGACAUGGUCAUCUUGGCAAUUUCUGACGGUUGUAGAGACCAGGGCCUUCCUGAAGAUGUCUGAGAGAAGUCAUUCUUGUGCUUGCUGAUGGAUCACACAUCUGUUUCUGAUCUGUUUAACCGUCCUGAAGCUAGACAGCAACCUUUACCUUCAUAAUGAGCCAUAGCUGACAGUAGAGCAAGGCAGAGACAUGGCAAAAAAAAGAAAAAGAAAACGAAAAAGAAUGAAUCAGGUGACUGCCACACAGGAAAACCUUCAAUCACUGGCUACCAAUUGACCAACUGUGUGUGCUCUUUUUUCUUUGCACAGUUUAAGAAAAUAAUGAGUUAUUUUGAGUCGUAUCAAUGUAAUUUUUCGAAUAUUCUGUCUCAUUUUGCCAAACAACACAAAACCAACAUCCAUUUCCAACAUAACAGAAUUAAUUUACAAUCUAAUUACCUUUAAUUUCUGAUUAAAGUAGGUUGUUUAAUUGUAAAUGUGAGACUUCUGUAUUUUGGCUUAUAAAUGUCAUAAUGCUGGUUGUUCAUGAAACAUUGCAGUAGUGCAGAUUUUCAUUUUGUAGGUGCACUGCAUGCCAUACCAGGUCCGCUGCUACUGAACUGGAAGAUGUCAGUGUGUAAGUGGCUGGUUUCAGUGGAGAGAUUUGCUAUUACCUGGUAUAAAAGUUGUUUCAAAGUCUCUAGUGUGUUGCAGAUGCCUUUCCAUUUUAGUUAAUCCUGUCACCAUAAUGCUGCUCUAAAUAGGUUCAGUAUUUUUUCUCUUAUAUUCAGAGUUUUCUGACAUGUUGUCUGUAAGAGUAAAAGUUGAUAAGCCUAUAACUUUUGUAGUUAUGUUUAUUUUUUUCAUUGUGCACACCUCUGGCCACAUUG